AUGCAGGGUACUCCAAGUUAUUUGAAUAUGACAAGCCAUACUUUGCUUGCCGGGGAUAGUAUAGUGGCAGCAAGUGUGAAUGGUCCAUACCGCAUGCUAUUAUCUUUUUCUGCAGCAACCAGAUUACAAUUCAAACAAGCAAUUGACACAGGUAUGUUGAACGAUGGACUUCAAUCCUUUAUAUCAAGGAUUAAUUACUUCUUUAGUACAUAUGCUGUGCUAUGUUUUAUAACGGCUCUGAUGCUCAAUAGGUUGGUGGUGAUGUCUUCCUUAAGAUCAUCUGCCCCCAUGAUCAAAUUACCAAAUACUGCAAAGAUAAUAUUACAUUCCAUGACCACCUUAUUACUAACAGUAUGCUUUGUAUUAAUCACAUCGUCAACUUAUUUAAAUCGUCCUUAUUAUCUCCUCACCACCGAGGAAGGUUCACAACGUGUGGAAGUCAAUAAAAUGCCUACGCUUUCUUCAAUCCAUAACUUGGAUUCUUCUUUGAAAUUAACGUUUGUAAGUAUUGCAUUAUCUCAUUUUAUUGAGACACUUUUGACUGUCACGUCCCAUUCUACUCCAUUGGAAGAGUCGGAUUUCACAAUUUUUGAAUUAUCAGUACAGUUCUAUUCAAUUACCAAUGGAUUAUUGUUAGAUUCCAAUACAACUAAUGGUAAUGAAAUCCAAAUAUCAAAAUUCACUUCAGAGAUCUCAACUCUUUAUAUUAGAGAUUCAUUAAUUGAUUGUCUCUUGGGUGUUGCCGGUAGAAUUCUUAUCCAUUUAGUGGAAUUAUUCAAUAUUAGAAAAUAUAGAUUAAUUGGUAGUUCAAUCAUUUCAGUGGUACAUAUGACUUAUCUUCUGAAAAGAAUCUUUAAUAAUGGGUUAUUCAGUUUACCAAUUUUGAUCCUUUUCAGGCAUUUACCCAAAUUAUUUUCUACAUUGUAUGUGUGUGUAUCCAUAGAAUGCUAUUAUCUAGCAGUAUUCAUUAGAGGUAAGUUUAAUAGUCGAUCUGAUUUGAAAUUCAAUUUGUUCAUGUCAAAUUGGUGGACUCAUUUGAACUGUACGGGCGAACAAGAUUAUCCAAUGGUUAUUGCCAAAUUUGCUCUAUUAUUAUCAAAUGAUUUGAAUAAUAUUAAAAUGGGUCUUAAUAAUGAAUAUCCAAAUAUAAAUUUACCAAAUGAAAUGAAUCCAACUUUUUUGAAAUUAGUUUCUCCAUAUAAUAAUGAAAUUUUAACUAUUCCAGAUGAUUCCACUUUACUGUCAGAUAAUAUUUUAUUAAAUAAUAAUAAUUUGACAAAUGGUAAUGGUAAUUCAAUAUUGUUGACAUAUGCACCAAAUGAACGUCUUUUCCCCAGAAAAAAUUUUUAUAAUGCAUUUUCUGCUACCAUUGGAUUUAUUAAAUUCCCCUUCAUAAAAUUAUUUGGCAAGAACUCAACAAAGAAUAAAGAUACAAAUUUUAAUUCGAAAAAACAUUCCAAAUCUUCAAAAAAUAAAAGAUCGAAAAAGGAUCGUAGUGCUACUCCAAGUUCAAGGGAAGGCACACCUUCAGAUUUAAACGAUCUAAUUACAGAGAACAAUUAUUCCAGUUUCUUAAUUAGACCUUUUUCUGAAAAUUCUAAAGUUGAGGUGGACCCUAAUUUAUUUUUACUGCCUGAUAAUGAUACAUCUGAAGACUAUACACUUAUAGAUAAAAAAGAAGAAGAACAACAACAAGAAGACGACGAUGAAGAACUUCUUUCACAACAUGAAGAUGAUCAAUUAGAAUUACAAAAAGAAGUGGUAGAUCUUCUAAUACCAACUGAUAACGAUCCAACUUGGUUAUCGUCCAUUCUUACAUAUUUAAAUUUUUCCAAAUCACGUACUACUCGUACCCAAUUCGCUCAAUUAUAUCCAAAUGCUGUAAUUCAAUCAGUUUUAUUACAAAACUUUUAUUCGCAUGCUCAUUCCAAAGAUGAUGAGAGAAAAACAACUACACAUUCAAACUCUUCAGAAGAUGACCCUGAAAUGGAUUGGGAUAUUGAAACUUGCUGUGUCGUUUGUAAGAUGAAUAAGAGGAAUAUUAUCUUAUGGCCAUGUAAGUGCCUGGCUCUUUGUGAAGAUUGUAGAAUUAGUUUAGGGCUUCGGAGGUUUGACAAAUGUGUUUGUUGUAGAUCAAAAGUAAAUGGCUAUAGUAAAAUUCAUAUUGUUUAA